AUGAAAUAUGCACUUACGGAAUUCGGUGACAUAUACGAUUGCAUAAACAUUUACAAACAACCUGCUUUUGAUCAUCCAUUGCUUAGAAAUCACAAGAUCCAGACGAAACCAAAUUUGAAUCAAGAAGAGCAACUCGAUGAACUUAUAUCUAAUAUGAUUCCCAAUGUUGUACGAUCUAAACUUGAAGGGUGUCCAUCAAAAAGUGUUCCAAUCCGAAUAACCACAAAGGAAGAAUUGAUAAAUGCGAAGUUACUUUCUACUUGGAUUAAGCGUCGUCAUUAUGUAUCAUCUCAACAUGUUGCUGAUAAAGUAUAUUAUGGAUGUAGCGUUAAAAUUGCUGAAGCAAAUCCAAGUAUGGAUCGGAACAAGUUUAGCACUGGUCAAAUUUGGAUACAGAAUGGUCUUGAUGAAAAAUUAAAUAGUAUAGAGUUUGGAUGGGAUGUGUACCCUCGGUUGUUUGGUGACAAUGAGGCUCGAGUAUUUGGUUUGUGGACGGCUGAUGGAUUUAAAGAAGCUGGAUGUUAUAACAUGCUUUGCCCUGGAUUUGUGCAAGUCCAUCCUGAGUAUUCUUUUGGAGAACAUAUUAAUGCUGGUACCUAUGGAGGGGAUCAGCGUGCGUUUUAUUUUUCAUUGCAUCGGGACCCCGAAAGUGGAAACCGGUGGUUCAUGAAUGGUGUAGACAACGCAAAGAUAGGAUACUGGCCAAAAGAAAUCUUUACUCAUUUAGCAAACAAUGCAUCUGUAAUUGGAUAUGAAGGGGUUGUAGGAGCAGAUCUUGGGGAACUCCAGUUUUUGAUUCUUAAUAUACUUGUUGUAUGCUCAACAUGA